AUGUCCGUUUCUUCCCAGGCCGCAGCUCGAUGCUGCCGACAGCUCGUUCGCCCGUCGACUUCUUACCUGCGCCUUUCUUCUCCUGCAUACGUUUCUCAGCUCCGGAUACCCAGUCGGAGAUGGCAAUCUACAGAAGCCGAGCCUGCUGCUUCUUCCAAUCCUAAGAUUACGCAGAUUGUGGACCAGGUCAGCCAAUUGACCUUGCUAGAGACCGCGGAAUUGGUCUCCAGUUUGAAGUCCCGCUUGAACAUCCCAGACCUCCCUGUUGGCGGCUUCGCCGUGGCCGCCGGUGGCGCCGGCUCAGCCGCCGCUGCUCCUGCUGCAGAGGAAGAGGAGGCCGCCCCCGCGGCACAGGAGAAGACUCUUUUCAACAUCAAAUUGGAGUCAAUCGAUGCCUCUGCCAAGGCGAAGAUCAUCAAGGAAGUCAAGUCCAUGCUCGGUCUUUCUCUGGUCGACAGCAAGAAGUUCGUGGAGAGCGUGCCUAAGGUCCUGAAGGAGUCAGUGCCCAAGGACGAGGCGGAGAAGAUCAUUGAGACCCUCAAGGGUCUAGGCGGAAAGGCGACUAUGGAGUAA